AUGUGGUACUGCCCGCGACCCGAAGGCGUCGCGGCUAACGCGUGGCAGCUUCUGGCGAUCUUCCUCGCCACGAUCAUCGGCAUCAUCACUCAGCCGUUGCCGCUGGGAGCGGUUGCGCUCAUGGGUCUGGGCGUGAGCGUGCUCACGAAGACGCUCACCUUCGCUGCUGCUUUCAGCUCCUUCGGCGAUCCCAUCCCGUGGCUCAUCGCGCUCGCAUUUUUUUUCGCCAAGGGCUUCAUCAACACGGGUCUCGGCAACCGCGUUGGUUACCAGUUCGUCGCCGCUUUCGGCAGCACGUCGCUCGGCCUGGGUUACAGCCUCGUGCUCUCGGAGGCCAUGCUCGCGCCCGCCAUCCCCUCGGUCUCCGCGCGCGCGGGCGGGAUCUUCCUUCCGCUGCUCAAGGCGCUGUGCCAGGCGUGCGGAAGCCGCACGGACGACGGCACCGAAAAGAAGCUCGGAGCAUGGCUCGUGUUGACGUGCUUCCAGACGUCCAUCGUGUCGUCAGCCAUGUUCCUCACCGGCAUGGCGGCGAACCCGCUCGCCGUGAAUCUCGCAGCGGGCGCCAUCGGCCACACGAUCGGCUGGACGGAGUGGGCCAAGGCGGCGCUGGUGCCCGGACUCAUCUCGCUCGCCGUCGUUCCCGCGCUGCUCUACGUCAUCUACCCGCCGGAGAUUAAGGCCAGCCCCGACGCGCCUAAGCUCGCGCGCGAGAAGCUCGCAGCCAUGGGGCCGAUGAGCACUAAUGAGAAGAUCAUGGCGGGCGUGCUGGUUGGCACGGUGGGACUGUGGGUGUGCGGCGGCGUGUUGGGCGUUGACGCGGUAACGGCAGCCAUCAUGGGGCUCAGCGCGCUGCUGAUCACGGGCGUGGUGACGUGGAAGGAGUGCCUGGGCGAGGGCGUGGCGUGGGACACACUCACGUGGUUUGCUGCUCUCAUCGCCAUGGCCAACUAUCUCAACAAAUACGGGCUCAUUGCUUGGUUCAGCCAGACCGUUGUCAAUCUCGUCUCCUCCAUGGGGCUGGCAUGGCAGCCAGCCUUCGGUCUCCUCGUCAUCCUCUACUUCUACUCCCACUACUUCUUCGCUUCCGGUGCCGCACACAUCGGAGCCAUGUUCGUUGCCUUCAUCUCCGUCGCCUCUGCUCUCGGCACGCCUCCUCUGCUCGCUGCCAUGGUCCUCUCGUUCAUGUCGAACCUCAUGGAUCUGACUGCACGCACCGCGCAUAAGCUUCAUGGCACCGAUGAUGUAUGCAUGAGAUCUGAUUUCCAUUCCGUCUCGUCCUUCUGUCGCCCUUCCUCUCUCCCAUCUCUACGCCCUUCCUUUCUCCCAUCUCUACGCCCUUCCUUUCUCCCAUCUCUACGCCCUUCCUUUCUCCCAUCUCUACGCCCUUCCUCUCUCCCAUCUCUACGCCCUUCCUUUCUCCCAUCUCUACGCCCUUCCUCUCUCCCAUCUCUACGCCCUUCCUUUCUCCCAUCUCUACGCCCUUCCUCUCUCCCAUCUCGUCGCCCUCCCGUUUCUCGUCCCCUCGCCAUCGGCAUCUCUCACCCUUUCCGCUCGCCCUCGCCCUCCCUUUCCUCCCGUCGCCCUCCCGUUCCCGUCGCCCUCCGUUCAGAUCGCCUUCGCGAUCUGCUCUCCCAUCCCCUUGCCCUCCUGUUUCCUUUCGCCCUCCAUUCAGAUCGCCUUCGCGAUCUGCUCUCCCAUCCCGUCGCCCUCACGUUUCCCGACGCCCCCACGAUCUCACUUCCCAUCGCCUCACGAUGA